UUAUUAUUUAAGUAUAUUUUUAAAUGAAAAUUAAUUAUUAUGAAACUUUACUAUAUCGUAAAUCUUUUUUUUGGCUAAUCGAUGUAAAAAUGAAAAAAUUCUUCACAAGCUUGUAAAAACAAUUAUGUGCUAAAAUUAUAAGAUAAUCACAAGAUAAGAACAGUUAUGCGGAUAUUAAUAUUUAAAGCUAUUAUGAUUCUACGGAAAUGGAAGAUUAAAAGAAAUGGAAAAAGUAUUUUACCAAGUGUAUAUUAUAUCAAUACAAAUUUUAUAUUAUAUCAAUACAUUAUACCUAUUGAGGCUGCGCAACGAUUCUGCAAAUCAUUUUAACAAUUUCACAGUAAUUUUCAUCAGAAAAAAUGUCUCUUACACGUCUCGUUGUAAAAUUAAUGGUACAUGUUCGCAAGAUCGUCGAAAAUAAUUAAUUUAAUAGAUAAUCUCGUCAUCUUUCUAUUAAUUUUUGCUAGUAGAUUUGGCGUCAGUGUUGAUUCUUUGAGAAAUCCAAAGAAUGAAUUUUACAUUAAUAGUAGGGAGGCCACCACUUUAUACAGUAUUUCUUUUCUGAAAUUAUGUGUAUAUAAAAAGCUUGCCUUGGCUGGCAAAAAUUCUUAAAUUAAGAAUGAUUCGCGAACAGAUAGAAGUUUUCUUUCGAAAUCUUAUAGAAACCACCAUAAAAGCAAGAGAUGAGAAUGGUAUCGUUCUUUUGGACAUGCUGACACUGAUGAUGGAAUCUAGAGGUAAAGAAGGCAAAGAAUUAUCUAUUGAAGAUAUAGUAUCUCAAGCGUUCCUUUUUUUCUUUGGUGGCUUCGAAAGCACUUCGACGUUAAUGUGUUUCGCCGUUCACGAAAUCGCGGUGAAUCCGGAAAUACACAAAAAGCUUCAGCAUGAAAUCGAUCAGGUCUUGGAAGAAUCAAAUGGACAAGCUCCGUAUGAAAUGGUUAAUAAUAUGAAAUACUUGGAUGCCAUCAUCAGCAAAGCUCUCAGAAAAUAUCCGGUCGCUCAAAUAAUGGACAGAGUAUGCGUGAAAGAAUUUGAGUUUUCUCCGACAUUGUUAGGAACGAAGCCCUUUACUAUAAAAAAAGGAGAAGCUAUAUGGAUACCAGUUUGCGGACUUCAUCAUGAUCCACAAUACUAUAAAGAGCCGGAAAUGUUCGAUCCCGAACGAUUUCUUGGUGAGCGGAAAAAAAAGUCUGAACUCCGGAGUCUAUCUUCCAUUCUAGGUCCUAGUAUGUGUAUUGGAAACAGAUUUGCGUUAAUGGAAACGAAAGUUUUGCUGUUUCAUUUAUUGACACGUUGCGAUCUGAAAACUUGCAAGAAAACACCGUUAUCGCUAAAAAUCGCUAAAGGCAGUUUAAAUAUGCAGCCCGAAGGUGCUUCUGACUGAAUGUCUCACCUAGGAAAACUAUUCAUCAUACGAUUGCUAUCAAUGCUGUCAAUGAAAAACAUCAGCUAUAAAAUAAAGAGAGGAAAUAAUAAAAAAUCCAAAGAAAUAUAAAGAGUAUUUCUUUCUCGAUUUUGAAAUAAGAAGAUUUGCUUCUUAAGAUGUCAUAUGCAAAUUCAUAAUAGCGGAAACAAUUAUCUAAAUUGUUUUAAAAUCUUCGAUUUUACCCCAAAUACAUUUCAGAGCCAAAUUCAAGCCUGAGAAAUUUCUGGAUAUAAAAACAGAAGGAAAAUGUGUCAUCUUAGUACUUAUUAUUCGUAUUGGCUAGAAACUGUUUAUCGGUAAGAGAUUUGCGUUUCUGGAGACGAAGGUUUUGCUCGGUUCAUCUGCUAAAUCGUUGAGUUUGUGCGAAAAGAUUCUGAUAACGUUAAAAUAAAAUAAAGUAUUCCCUAUGUAAGCCAAAAGAGUUUUCGAGUAUGUCAAUUCUAAAAUAAUCAAAGAGAGAGCACUAUUUAUUCCAAUAUUUAAAGUUAUUAAGAAUCUAUGAAAAUGGAAGAUCAUGAACAUUAUUUUGUCAUAUUAAUAUAAACAAUACGAUAUACAUACAUAUCUAAAUUUAUAAAAAUAAUAAAGAAGUACAGUUGAAAGAUAACGAGAUGUUGCGCGGCGAUUAUGCAAAUCAUUUUAGUGAUGUCACAGUAGGUUUGUCCAAUAAAGGCUUCUAUUUGUUCUACCGUUAAUAAAUAAUAAUAUAUAUAUAAUAACAUAUGUG